ACGAAAGCUUUAAUGAUAUUCAGUCAAAAGUUGUUCGUAUUGUCUGCUAAAUUUGAAUGACAGUGUGACAGUUUUUAUAUUCUUCUAUUAUAUUCUAUAUUAAUUUAAUAAUAUAUUGUCGCUCCGACUAUAAAAGAUCCAGAGAUAUUCAGAUAAUCUGUUAGAAGUUGGAAAUUUGACAAUUAACUGAAUAGUUUUAAGUAAGCAACAUAUUUUGAAUAUUAUAAUUUUGUCAGGAACUGUCGGUAAUUGAUGAAUGAAGCAAAUGAGAAAUGAGGAAAACUUCUAACUAGAUUUUAAAAAUGAAUUCUGCUACAAUCCAUACUUUAAGAAACGGCAGUGAAAGUGAUGUAAUUGAUGCGUUGCAGAAAUUUAAUGAUCAGAAUGCUCAGGCCUUUGACUUCAAAGAACUAACAGAUGAUGCCAAAGAGAAAGUUAUAGAGACACUGUUCAGCCAGCUGUCCCAGCAGGUGUCAGUGCAAUGCCAGUGCCUGUGUCUGCAGACGUUACGACUGUUCAGCCGGGAGAAGUCUCGGCUAGGCUCCAUGGUCUCGGACCUCGGCCUGGCCCAGUUCAUGCGCCUGGCAGGGCUGGAGCACUACAGCAGGCAGUGUGACGAGGAGAGUGGGAUCCACAUCCAGCUGGGAGACCCACAGGUUACAAUUGAAGCCCAAAAGUGUUUGUGCAAUCUAAUCUUCAACAGCGUCCAGGCGCAAGCAGCAUGCAGCAAGAAUGGAUGUGUGGAGGGCAUUGUGCAGAGAUUGAAGACAUACAAAGAUCCAGAUCUCCAGUUUGAUAUUAAGUUCUUUGACAUGAGAUUGCUAUUUCUUCUCACGGCUUUGUGUGCGGACACGCGCCCAAAGAUCCGCUUUGAGCUUCACGGGUUCACGUACAUGAUUGAGGUAAUUGACCUGAUGCUGCGAGAUGCAGAGGGUCGUAGUGAGGGCCUCACAGACCAGGAGGUGGACCUGUGCUCGGAGAUACUCAAAAUACUCUUCAACCUAACAGUCACUGUGGAUAGGAACAACCUGGAUGAGGAAGAGGACGCCCACAUGAUGAGGCUGGUUUGUGUGCUACGUGACUUACUUCUGUGUAACACCGUCUCCAAGGACAAAAGGGAGGGCAUUCUCAGCCAUACUGUGAAUCUGUUGAUCAACAUGCCUCGAGACUGUUACGAGGAGUUGCUGGCCCCCAUGAACGAGGGAGAGGUCAGUGGUCUGGAGAACAAGGAGGUCGAGUACGAUGGCAAAAACAUGGAGGCCAUUGUCAUACUUCUCAACUUUCUGCAUGAGCGCAUGGAUCGGCCAACCAAGUCCCUGAAGGAGAGUCUGACCCCCAUCCUUCACUGCCUGUGUGAGACGUGCAGGGCCAACAGAUCCAUCAGAAAGUUCUGUAGGGCUAAGGUCCUCCCUCCAUUGAAAGAUGAAGUUAAACAUUUGCCAGAGGAGGGAAACACACUACGGAAUCGCCUGUGCAAGCUGUUGACCUCACCCAUCCUGGAGGUGAAAGAGCUGGCUGCAGACUUCCUGUUUGUUCUCUGCAAGGAGAGUGUUCAACGCAUGGUGAAGUACACUGGCUAUGGUAACUGUGCUGGUCUCCUUGCAAACAGGGGACUGUUGCUGGGCGGACAGGGGCAGGGAGACUACUCUAGCAACUCAGAAGAUUCAGAAACUGAAGAGUAUGCCAACCUUGUUGACAAACUGAAUCCCAUCACCGGGCGGAUAGAGGAGGUGAGGUCCAAGCCCUGGGAGACCAUGUCUGAGGAGCAAAAGGAGUAUGAGGCAAUGAAGCUUGUCUCUGCUAUGGAUAAACUGAACAGAGAGGGCAUUAUACAGCCAAGCACGAUAGGUGAGGAUGGGAGACCGGUGCCUGUGUCUCACAUCCUUGAGCUAGUGGAGAACCAGCCAAACAUUCCAGCUACAGACGAGCAUGACGACAAUUAGUGUGGACAGAGGUGUGGACAUGGGAAAAAUGAGCUCUAGUUUACGAGAAUUUCAUGAAAUAUGUACCAAGAUAAUAGACCAUACAAAUGAUAAAAGUUAUUUAACAAUAUCCAUAGGGCAGGAAAAACUUAUCAAAGAUUGAAUUAAAAAGUUCAGAAAUUAAGUAGAAGCUUAACAUUUUAAAAAUUUAAUAUAAGCUUAAUACAAAAUUCUGUCUGUAGACAACUCCACAUAAUUUUUACUUAUAGGACAGUAAACUUAUCCUUCCUGGACAAGAAGUUCAUAUGAUUUCCACCCACACACCUGCAGUCAGUGUGGUAUAUGUAUGUGUAUUAUGUAUACUUGUGCACAAAUCUAUUUAGUGGCUUUAAUUUAGUGAGGGAGCCUCCUUUGGAACAAAAGGUGGCUUUAUAUUUUAAGCUUUGGAUCAAGUUUUAUAUAAUAACUGUACCCUUCAAUGCUGGACCAUUGUUAAAAGUAUAGAGGCUGUACAUGAAUUAAAAUCCUGUAAGUAGUUAUUUGGUAUAUAACUUGUGACUUAGUUUUCAUGUUGCUGCUUUGUUUUAUGUUGUUGGUAUUGUAAUAAUUAAAUAAAGACAUUGUCCAAAUGUUUGAGAAGUAUAGUCAAUUUAUGUGCUGUUACACAUAAACAUUUAUUAAUAUAUGUGGUGUGUGCAAAGUACUAAAAUAUGAACAAUUCUGUUCAAAUUAUUUAGAAAUGUUUAUUAAAUGAUUUUUUUCAGAAACAUAAUGGGGUUGCUACACUUUUUGUAGGUGAAGAUUAACACAUGGAUACCUUAUAUAAUUGGAUAAGUAUCUGUGUAAGAAGAUAACUUCACUGUAUUUAAAGGGUUAUUCAGAUAAAAGUAAAUAGAUUUCCAAUUUUACCAUUAACAUUCAAGUUUAAGAAAUUGUAAACAAAUUAUUUGAAACAUUUGGAAACAAAUUAUAAGACUGAAACUUCUUGAUGUCUACCUGUAAGAAAAUAAUGUUCAUACACAAAUCAGAAGUUUUGUAUUGGAAGAACACUGCCCCAGGUUUUUGUGAUAUAUCAAUGUCCACCACCCUUUAAAACGCGUCAUUAGAAUGCACUAGAAGUAAUGUGGAUGUUAUAACCAAGAAGGACAAUCCAUGCUCUUGUUGUGUACAUGUUACUGAGCGUCUGUAAGUACAUAUUGUAUUGUAGACAGUUCAACCUGAACAGAUCACACAUUCAUUCUCUAUGAUACACUUGAGCUGAACUAUGUACCUUUUUAAAUCUUGUUUGAAAUUAUUGGACUUACUGGUAUGUAUGGCUACCCAUACAUACAAGUAUAAGAAAAACUAUUUUAAGGUUAAAACUCUAGUCAAUUUACAACAUAACAAUGGUAUGUUUUGUAUGGUGCAGGCAGUGUUCAUUACUUGUGUUGUGUCACUGAGACUUUGUUUUACCUAUGUGGAAGAUAAAGGACCUUGCUUGGAUGAAUAUUUAUGUUAUGGAAAGUUUACAGCCAUCAAUUGCUAGCGAAGGUGUUUUUAUAAUGUUUUUGUCAUUUAUUUUAAGAAUUAUUAGCUGGAUUGUGACUGAUAUAUCUUUACGUGGAUAUGUGAGGAAGAUGCAAUUUACAAACCUAAAAAUAUUUGGUGAAGGCAUGACCUAGAUGUACAGUCUCUAAAUUUGCGUUUUCACAAUUUUAUUGAAAAUGAAAUGUUCCUAUAUAUGUGUUAUAACUGUUGAUCAGUUGUAGUUUACAUGCCAUACAGGUCUUCUGACGGAGCAAGAAGUAAAUCCAUAUUACUCAUGCAAUCUUAAUAUUUGUACUGAUUUCUUUUAUAAUUUUCUUGUUUAUUAAGUGGCAUUUCAGUCAAACUUUUAAAUGAGCACUUUAAAUUCCUGACUCCACAGUUGCAUGUGCUUGCAUCGAAACAUUGUUAAAACUGUUAUUGCGACAUGAACAAGUUUUAAAUGUUCACUAGUCUUUGAAUGCAUUUAUAUAACAGCUGGUGUAGUCAGAUAUUAUGUGUUAACAAGAGAUGAUCCAAAAAUUAUGUAAGUGACUUUAAAACAAAGUGACUUAAUUUUCAAAAAAUGCAUAUUAAACAAAAGCAAGAUAUUUAUGCAAAACGCAGUGAAAACAAAUUGAAGGGAGCAUUUUCACAUGUCAUGUGUGACCUUCCAAAGCUCUCAACAUAAUGUUAACAAUGUUAAGUGAUUCAAACGAGAUUCGAAUAGGUUGUUUUUUGUGUGUGCAAUUAUAGAACAAUUUUUCAAAUUUCUUUUUUUUUCUUUUUAAAAUCCAGAUAUUUCUUGGUUAUCCCUUGAAGGAGAAGAAAUCAAUAUAUUUAGAAGUUAAUCAUCACAUAAACACCUUUUAAUAUAUUUGUAGUGAACAAUGCAUUCCUCUAAUUUUUGAGCUAGAAUAAUCAUCAUAUAUUUUGAGGUAUCCUACUCAGCAAGUCAGGGUCUGCAUGAUGUCUGCAUUCAAGUGAAGGCAACACAAAUUAGUUUAAGUACAAAUAUCCAAUUGAAAUUUUACUUCUGCUUGGGAUCAUCAUAACUAUUGCAGACAUUCAUAUAUAUUUGAAUAUGUUUGCCGUCAUUAUUUAAAAAAGUCCAGCGCACUGGGACAGCUCUUGUUUCGAAUACAUGUAUAUUUUCAUUUGUACGAUUGUUGUUUAUGUAACUUACUGUUUAAAUCCUUUUAAAGAUACUUGUUCACAUAUUGUGCAAACAACAGUUUUCCUGUUUUUAUCACCAAUUAAAAAAAGAAUAUUGUACACCAGGAAACAAAAUAAAACCAAUGAAGUGAACUCGUACUUAAAUAUAUUCUGGUUUAUGAGUUAUCAUCCCUUAGAAUUGUUAAAAUUAUCAAGCAUUACAGAGGAAAAAGGAUUAAAGAACUAGGCCAAAAUCUGUGAACAAGUCCCCUUAUGGCAGUUGAAAUCCAAAUGCAUAUUACAAGUAGUAUCACCAUGAUUGUUUACUUUGUUAUGCUCCCGGUUCGAAUGAUCGGGGGUAUAUUGUUUUUGGCCUGUGUGUCUGUCUGUUUUUCUGUCCCAAAACUUUAACCUUGGUUAAAGUUUUGGGAUACCUUUUGCAAUAUUGAAGAAAGCAACUUGGUAUUUGGCAUGCAUGUGUAUCUCAUGGAGCUGCACAUUUUGAGUGGUGAAAGGUCAAGGUUAUCCUUCAAGGUCAAAUAUAUGGCUUCAAAGCGGCGCUGUAGGGUGCAUUGUUUCUUACAAACACAUCUCUUAUUUUAAAAAGGUAUGCCUUCAUUGAGCUUAAUCAAAUAAAUGUCUUUUUCUUUAAUCUAUUCAACUAAAAAAAUAUAACGUAAAAUAUAUGUUUCUACUGCAUGUUGUUUUUCCUUUGUAUGAGCCAAAAUGUUGUUAAUGAAUAUAUAUGUAUUCAAUAAAUUGUCUACAGAA